UUUCCUGGCUUCUCUCUCUCUCUCUCUCUGCCUCUCUCUCUAAAUUUUUGUUAGAAAUUCUCGACGGAGUUCAACAAGGCAACUCAAAUUCAAAGAUCGUGGUGAUCAUCGGAGGCUUUUUUGUUGGCUAAUUCUCGCGUGAAUCUCGUUUAAAUAUCGGAAUCUGAUUCAGAUUUUUAUAGAACGAUCAAUUUUUUAUACUUGAAACCAAAAGAAGAGACAGAGUAUUGUAUUGGAAAUCGGUUUUAGAGAAGACGAAAUGAUGGAUAGCUUCUGUUUGAAUCCUGGAAUCCAUGGAAUUGCUUCGUCAUUAUCAGUGAAUGCGGCUCUUGAUGUUCGUGGGAAUCCGUCUAAGGUCAGUACGGCCGGUCGGUCCUCAUCGGCAGUUGAGAAAUCGCAGAAAACGAUUUCGCCGUCUCCGUCGUCUACGUCGUCUUCUUCAUCAUUUCUGAAGUUUUCUUUGAAGUAUCCCUUGCAAUCUCUAUGGAAUCGGAGUGGUGAGGGUGGGGAUUCGAAGCGUGGCGGUUUGGCGCUUGACGAAGCCGUUUUGGUGGAGAGUGAAGACGGUCGGAGAAUCGUUCCUGAGGAGGAAAGUAGAAAUGUAGCAACCGGAUCGGAGUGGAGAAGUGAAAACUGGGUGAUGAAAAUUUUGCAUGUGAGAUCUCUGUGGAGAGAGGAGGGGAAGCAGGGAAACUCGGAAGAUGAGCUUAGAAACGAGAUGGAAAAAGACCGUGUGGCGGAAGAUCGGGAAAUUUCUUGUGAUGAGGAAGAGUUUUGUGAUACUUGCAGCAUCGUCGAGGAAGAAGACGAAAAGGAGAUUGAAUUUGAUAAACACUCGUUUUCGAGAUUGCUUCGACGGGUUUCCUUGGCCGAAGCGAGAUUAUAUGCUCAAAUGUCGUAUCUGGGAAGCCUCGCAUACUCCAUUUCCGAAAUUAAGCCGAAGAAUCUGCUGAGACAUUAUGGUCAACGUUAUGUAACUUCUUCAAUAGAAAAGAGAGAAUUGGCUAUGAAAACUGAGAAAACCCAAGAACUAGCUGAAUCUAAAGAGGCUGAAAAGGAUUUAAACAAUGAUGAACAGUGGGAAGAAGUGCAGAAAAAGAAUGGACAUCAAAUAAGUGCAUCUACUGCUUAUGGGAUUGCUGCUUCUGCUGCUUCUUAUUUGCAUUCUCAUACCAGAAGAAUACUGCCAUUCAGAUCCACUAAAACUGAAAGUUCACUUGAAGCAAAUCAGGACAAUGUUGAUAAGAUGAACUCAGAUAUGGCUUCUUUGAUGGCAACCACCGACUCGGUUACUGCUGUUGUUGCUGCAAAGGAGGAAGUGAAGCAGGCCGUUGCAGACAAUUUGAAUUCAACUCGGUCGUCACCGUGUGAAUGGUUUGUGUGUGACGACGAUGAGAGCAGUACAAGAUUCUUUGUCAUUCAGGGAUCUGAAUCACUGGCAUCUUGGCAAGCAAAUUUGCUUUUCGAACCAGUUGAUUUCGAGGGACUAGGUGUCCUUGUCCACAGAGGAAUCUAUGAGGCUGCUAAAGGAAUGUAUGAACAGAUGUUGCCUGAUGUCCUCGAACAUCUAAAGUCUCACGGUGACCGUGCAACCUUUCGAUUUACUGGACAUUCUCUUGGUGGAAGCUUGGCUCUGCUUGUAAAUCUCAUGCUCUUGAUAAGAAAUGAGGUUCCAGUGUCUUCCUUGCUUCCUGUCAUUACAUUUGGUGCACCAUCCAUAAUGUGUGGAGGUGACCGCUUACUUCGCAAGCUCGGUUUGCCUCGGAACCAUCUUCAAGCUGUAACAUUACAUAGAGACAUAGUACCACGAGCCUUCUCAUGCCAGUAUCCGAACCACGUAGCUGAACUUCUUAAAGCUGUCAAUGGGAACUUCAGGAAUCAUCCAUGUCUAAGUAACCAGAAAUUGCUGUAUGCUCCAAUGGGCGAGCUUGUAAUUCUGCAGCCCGAUGAGAAAUUCUCUCCAAGCCACGAUCUUCUUCCUUCAGGUAGUGGCCUGUAUCUUUUAAGAUGUCCACAAUCUGAUGCCAAUGGUGCAGAGAAGCAGCUCCAAGCAGCACAGAUGGUAUUCUUAAACACGCCCCAUCCACUUGAGACCCUUAGCGAUCGAUCCGCUUAUGGUUCGGGGGGAACAAUCCAGAGAGAUCACGACAUGAGUUCCUACCUAAAGUCAGUUCGAGGAGUGAUUCGUCAAGAACUAAACCACACAAGGAAAGCAAGGAGAGAACAUCGGCGUAAAGUCUGGUGGGCUCUCAUGGCUCCAGGAAAGGUCGAUAUAGGAAUUGUGAUCGGACGGCCUACCAUUUCGAUCAACCUCGGGCAGGACCAGUUCAAAUUCUCUGGGAUCCUGCAAACGGGAAGAGAAUCGUUUCAACGAUUCAGUAGGCUUGUUGCUUCACAGCAUAUGAAUCUGCUUGUGUUGCUGCUGCUCCCUGCUAGAUUGCUACUCUUUGAAGUCAACAGGGUAGUUGGUUAAAAGUUAUUGUUCUUGUUCUUACUGUUCUUCAUCUGGUUUCUUGUCGCAUUUUUGGUGGAGCUGGAUGGAUGGAUGGGCCGUCUGUACAAAUGUGGGUUCAAUUGGUUGGCCAAACAACAGUUAGAAGAUUCUUUAUUCAUUGGUUCCAAAAUGUAGACAGCAACAACAACUCAUGUUGCUAAUUCAAUGUAAUGUAGCAAAUCAUUUGUCAAAGUCAAUCCUUUUACGAAUCAAUUGCUUGUACGCUA